ACGAAUUUUUCAUCGUGAUGAAUUUUGUUUUAAACAUGUGAUAUAUUUUCUUGACGUUCUUUCAACUAUUAUAUGUAAAUAAUGGUGUUCUGGAUUGUUUCCCUAGUAGCAAUUAUUUUGCAUUUCAGUUCUGCACAAACCAAACCUGAAUCACAAGGUUAUUGUGCACAAUAUAAUGGACAGAUUUGCAAGAAAUAUUUAACUGGAAUUGGAAAAGUAUGGUUUAAUGAUUCUAAUGAUAACCCUGGUGGUUGGCUGAAUGAACGUAUUACAACCAAUUUGUGGGAGGAACUGAUACAGAGGCUUGUUGAGCCAUGUCGUUCAGCUGCAGAGAAAAUGCUAUGUAUGUAUGCUUUUCCACAAUGUCCUAACUCAGUUGGCCUACCAUUAUGUUAUGAAGAUUGUAUGGCUGUACGUCAUCAGUUCUGUUUUAAUGAUUGGGCAAUGAUAGAAGACAACAAGCAAAGAGAUAUUUACAUCAGAUCAAGGGGACAUUUUACAUUACCAGAAUGUGAAUCACUGCCAAAAGUAGUUAAAGGAAAAAUGACAUGUUCUCAUAUAAAUUUAACUGAUAUGAAUGAAACUCUUGUUACAUAUGACUGUAUUAAAGGCAAUGGUAGAUUUUAUAUGGGUAAAGUAAAUAAAACAAAAUUUGGCUUGGAUUGUCAGUCAUGGAAUGCACAAGUACCGCACAGUCAUGACAGGCCACCAGAUGUCUUCCCUCAAAUUCGUUAUGGAGAAAAUUAUUGUAGAAAUGCAGGUGGAGAUGAACCAACACCAUGGUGUUUCACCAUGGAUCCUGUAAAACGAUGGGAACAUUGUGAUAUUCCUAUAUGCGGUAUAUAUUCGGUAUUUUAUUUAAUAUUUCCUGUAAAUAACAUUAUAACUCACUGUAUGUUUUUUAUUUUCAAUACAGAUAAUGUAACAAGUAAAGUACUUGAAGUAGAUUCAAAGGAUUUAGCAAUGAAUACAUUAUUUACUCCAAUGUUUAUAUUGAUAGUAUCUUCAUUAGGAUUUGUAAUAAUAACUGGAACUUUAUUAUCGAUUAUUUUGAGUCACAGACUUCAUAAGAGACAUCAAGGAUACAACCCAACAGAAAAUCAGUAUGUCAGUAUCGAUUUAGACAAAUUGCCAAGUAAUGAUGCAUACCACAAGACGAGUGCACAACUAAAUCCUAAAUUAGAAAAGCUCGAAUUCCCGCGAAAUAACAUUAUUUACGUUCGAGAUUUAGGACAAGGUGCUUUUGGCAGAGUAUUUCAAGCAAAAGCGCCUGGUCUUAUUCCGGGUGAAGAGUUCACAAAUGUUGCAGUAAAAAUGUUAAAGGAGGAAGCAUCAGAAGAUUUGCUCAAGGACUUUGAACGAGAAGCAUGCCUUCUCGCCGAAUUCGAUCAUCCAAACAUUGUCAAAUUAUUAGGUGUAUGCGCUUUGGGGCGACCGAUGUGUCUCCUCUUCGAGUAUAUGGGUCGCGGUGAUUUAAACGAGUUUCUACGAUCUUGUUCUCCGGGAAACUAUAUCAUUCGAAGUCUGGAAAGAGACGAACACUUUACAGACUCUCGUUUGUCACACAUGGACUUGAUCAAUAUCGCGCUACAAGUUGCAUCAGGAAUGGUAUACUUGUCAGAUCGAAAAUUCGUUCAUCGAGAUCUUGCGACAAGAAAUUGUCUGAUCAAUGACCAAAUGAUCGUGAAAAUAGCAGAUUUUGGAUUGUCACAAAAAAUUUAUCUGCAAGAUUAUUACAAGGGCGACGAACAAGAUGCUAUUCCAGUUAGAUGGAUGCCUCUAGAAAGCAUAUUAUACAAUAAAUACACCGUCGAGUCCGAUGUAUGGGCUUUCGCGGUAUGCUUGUGGGAGAUAUUUAGUUUUGCACUUCAGCCUUAUUACGGAAUGACACACGAGGAAGUUGUACAAUACAUUAAAGAAGGCAAUGUACUACAGUGCCCUGAAAACACUCCACAAGCGAUAUACGACCUAAUGAAACUCUGUUGGAACAGAAGACCAUCAGACAGGCCUACAUUCAGAACGAUUUAUAAUACCCUUGAUGCUAUAAAGCACAAUUUGGAAGCUGAGAAUAAGUCGGACAGUGUACCAUUACGUAUUCACGUUUGAAUCUGAUGAAAAUUACGAAUGGAGAACUAUAUUAUCCAUACAAUUAUAAAGUAAGUGAUAUUUAUAUAGAAAUAAAGGUAAGUAGUAAGUUAUAUUUAAAUGUUAUACAUAACUGCCUUUGUUAUAUUUGUUAUGUAGCCUUAUUAAAUGAAAUAUUUACGAGAGAUGUUUUAAUAUUGACGCAUAUUGGCAAGUAAUUAUGUUCAAAAGAAAAUCACACAAAGUGAAUACAUUAUUUCAGUAUUUCUACUUAAUUUACACGGAAUUUUUGUACAUAUAUAUAUUCUUUAUUUUUAUUAAGUACAUUUUUUCUAAAUUAUUUUAAAAUCAUGUUUACAGUUAUUACAUUAACAAAUUUAAAUACUAUGUAAGGGUAGUUAUCAAUAAUGCUCCUUUAGAUUCCAAUAUUUCUAAUUAUUUAUAUUUAUUAAUAUUUAUUUAAAUCUAUAUUGAAACUAAAGAAUUGAAGACUGGUAUAUAUGGACAACACAGAUAUGUGAUUGAGGUGUAUGACGAUUUUAAAGCAAUCUUUCACAUAUAUGUAGAUUUUUAUAUUGCAUUUAUGUUCUGUCUAUUGUGAUUUUGUGCAUUCCGUCAACGAAUUUUACAUGUUACUAACUGCCACAAAAAAAACAACAAAGUACAUUAUUUAUGGCAGUCCAAACAAUAUAAUGGUAAGAACGAAACAUAACGAUACAAAGAAUUCAGUGGUAGUAUUAUAAUAGAAUGAUUAUUAUAUAAGUAAUAAGAAUCCAAAACUCAAUGUGCAAGGCAAAUAAUUUGUGUGUUGCUAUCAGCUUGUUUAUAACUUGUAAAAAAA